AUGCCGCCCAAAGCAAAGCCUUCAUCAUCGGGGAAGUCUUCGGGAAAAUCUGGCGGAAAAGCAGAAGACGAAAUUGAAAAUAAUAGAAAGGCUAUACGAAAAUUCUUGAAAACCUAUGAGAAGUCAUGUCAGGAUAAGGGUUUAGUGCUCUUACCCUCUAUUUCUCAAAAAUUGAAUCGACUUGUCAAAUCGGAGGAAGGACCUAACACUUUAAAUAUUCCCUUUUUGAUUACGGAAGAGUUGUCGUUAGAGGCUGUUCAGGCAUUAAUUGAAAGCCUGGACAGCAGUAUUCAGGGAUAUGAAAAGAUUUCAUUCUGGAGGAAUAAUUUAUCGGAAAAGACAGUGCAACUGAUUGGAAAGUGGCUACAACCUCAUCCACAUCUCAAAGAGUUGGAAAUUAUCGACAAUCGGGUUGGGCCGAAAGGAUGUCAAGCAAUAUCAAGAGCUUUACAGCACAACGAAACACUGACCUAUUUAAAUUUGGAUCAUAAUGAGCUGGGAGAUGAAGGUGCAGCUGCAUUGGCGGUAGGCCUUUCGUGGAGCCCUUCACUCAUAAAAGUGUCGCUCAAUUAUUGUGGAAUUGAAGAGGAAGGAGCUGUUCUCCUUGCGAAUGAAGCCAUCGCCAAAUCGUCCUCUCUCCAAAUUCUCGAAAUGCAAGGCAAUUCAAUUGGAGACAGAGGAUUUGACGCAAUUGGACAGGCAUUAGCAAGAUCACAAAAACUCCAAACACUCAAUCUUUCUGGUUGUAACGAAGGUCUUCCUCUCAAGACUGACAUUGUUUCGCGAAUGUGUGAGUCAAUCAAGCAAAACCCAAAUAAUACUCUUCAAAAUUUGGAUCUCAACUAUAUUACGGUAGAACCUGAAGCAGUGUUCAUGUUUGCUGAAUUGGCAAAACAGAAGGAGAACAUCUUAAGGAUUCGUUUGUAUGAACGAGUUGACAAGGUCGCCUACAAGGAACUGGCCACCCAAUUAGGCACCAAUCUCAAGAAUUAUAUUCAAAAGAACAAACCAAAGAAAAAGAAGAAGGCAAAGAAGAAGGAAAAAUAG